UGGUUAGGGCGUUUGUCAGUUGGCACGCUGCAUGCGGGUGUCGGAGAAGGAGGGUUGCUUUGAUUAAAAGGAGAGGGGUGUGAUAAUCUGGAGAGCUGCAGAGGUGCCGGAAUUGGAGCUGCACGCAGGGGUGGGCCAGAGGGACUCCGUGGAGCAGUGAGCCCUCCUCUCCCUGUGGGCGACACAUGAUGUGUUAAUUCUGAUGCCUUGAUGUUAUACAAUGCCUGAUCAACAUAAGAAGGUGAAGACCACAGAGAAGGCAACAGACACCAAACCUCAAGGGGAUUUUUCUGAUCUUAAAAGGCUUCUGGCACUUCUCAAUGUUCAGUCAAGUAAGCAACAGCUGCCAGCUCUUAACUUUGAAAGUGCUAAAAAUAGCAUGACCAAGACUGAGCAGUACUCCAGCAACACUUGUGGUGAGAGAUGUAGAGGUCAAUGGCAAGAAUCGACAGAAGCAGUUGAACUUGAAAACUUUAGUAUGAAUUACAAAAAUGAGAGAAAUUUUAGCAAACAUCCUCAACAAAAGUUGUUUCAAGAUAUCUUCACAGCUUUGGUUAAGAACCGGCUUAUUUGCAGGGAAUGGGCUAAUAGAGCUUCAUCGGUUCAUUUUCUGAGAGUUUUAAUUUGUGUACGAUUAUUAAUGAGGGAUCCAUGCUAUCAGGAAGUGCUUCACAAUCUGAGUGGGAUUGACAGCUUAGCACAGUAUAUGGAAAUUGUAGCAAAUGACUAUCUUGGAUAUGGAGAAGAACAGCAUAAUGUAGACAAAUUGGUCAACAUGACAUAUAUUUUUCAAAAACUAUCUGCUGUUAAAGAUCAAAGAGAAUGGGUUACAGACAGUGGAGCACAUAAAACUUUGGUAAACUUACUUGGAGCUAGAGACAAUAAUGUCCUACUAGGUGCAUUACUUGCUCUCACUAGCUUAGCAGAGAGUCCUGAAUGCCGAGAGAAAAUAAGUGAGCUCAACGUUGUUGAGAAUUUGUUGGUGAUUUUGCAUGAAUAUGACUUGCUCUCUAAGCGGUUGACAGCAGAGUUGCUUCGCCUCCUCUGUGUGGAAUCCCAGGUCAAAGAGCAAGUCAAAAUGUAUGAAGGUGUUCCCAUCCUGCUUAGUUUGCUCCAUUCAGAUCACCUAAAACUGCUGUGGAGUGUAGUCUGGAUUCUGGUCCAGGUGUGCGAAGAUCCUGACACCAGUGUGGAAAUUCGUAUUUGGGGUGGUAUCAAACAACUCCUUCAUAUUUUACAGGGGGAGCGAAAUUUAUUUUCUGAUCGUUCAUCUAUUGGAAGUUUAUCUAGUGCAAAUGCAGCAGGGAGAAUCCAACAGCUUCGUUUAUCAGAAGAUUUAAGCCCUCAUGAGAUACAAGAAAAUACAUUCUCCCUUCAAGCAGCUUGUUGUGCUGCAAUUACUGAAUUGGUUCUUAAUGAUACCAAUGCUCACCAAGUAGUUCAGGAAAAUGGAAUAUAUACAAUAGCAAAGCUAAUUUUACCAAAUAAACCACGGAAUGUAGCAAAAGUGAAUUUAUUACAGUGUUAUGCCUUCAGAGCCCUGAGAUUUCUUUUCAGUAUGGAAAGAAACAGACAUCUCUUCAAAAGACUCUUCCCUACAGACUUGUUUGAGAGCUUCAUUGACAUUGGCCAUUAUGUUCGUGAGAUCUGUGCAUACGAAGAGCUGGUAUCAAAGCUAAAUUCAUUACUGGAGGAUGAAGUUAAGCAAAUUGCUGAAAAUAUUGAAAACAUUAAUCAGAACAAAGCACCUACAAAAUAUAUAGGCAAUUACGCAAUAUUAGACCAUCUUGGCAGUGGAGCUUUUGGGAGUGUUUACAAGGUUAGAAAACACAGUGGUCAAAACCUUCUAGCAAUGAAAGAAAUCAAUUUACAUAAUCCAGCAUUUGGAAAAGAUAAAAAAGACAGAGACAGCAGCGUGAAGAAUAUUGUCUCUGAAUUAACCAUAAUUAAAGAACAGCUAUAUCAUCCUAAUGUCGUAAGAUAUUACAGAACCUUCUUAGAAAAUGACAGGCUGUACAUAGUCAUGGAGCUCAUAGAAGGAGCACCACUGGGAGAGCAUUUUCAUUCUUUGAAGGAAAAGCAACAGCAGUUUACAGAAGACAGAAUAUGGAAUAUAUUCAUUCAACUGUGUUUAGCCCUUCGAUAUUUGCACAAAGAGAAGAGAAUUGUACAUAGAGACCUCACUCCAAACAAUAUCAUGCUGGGAGAUAAGGAUCAAGUUACCAUCACUGAUUUCGGUCUUGCAAAACAAAAACAGGAAAAUAGCAAGCUCACGUCAGUUGUUGGAACUAUUCUCUACUCCUGCCCUGAAGUUGUGAAGAGUGAACCAUAUGGAGAGAAGGCUGAUGUCUGGGCUGCAGGAUGUGUCCUUUAUCAGAUGGCAACUCUCAACCCUCCUUUUUACAGCACCAACAUGCUCUCCUUAGCAACUAAAAUAGUAGAAGCUUCAUAUGAGCCAGUUCCAGAAGGUGCUUAUUCUGAAAAGGUAUCAGUUAUAAUUAAAAAGUGCUUGACCCCUGAUUCAGAGAGUCGUCCUGACAUAAUAGAAGUUAGUUCAAUGAUUUCAGAUGUUAUGAUGAGAUAUUUGGAUAGUUUAUCAACCUCCCAGUUUGUCUUGGAGAGGAAAUUAGAACGUGAAAGGAGGCGUACUCAAAGAUACUUCAUGGAGGCCAAUAGGAAUGCAGUGACAUGUCACCAUCAGCUUGCUGUAUUAUCUCAGGAACAUUAUGAGAAAUCAAGCCUCAGCAGCAGUAGCAGCGGAGCAGCCAGUUUAAAAAGUGAAUUUUCUGAAAACACUGACCUUCUGUGUGAAAACUUUAACCCAUCCUCUGGAAAAGAUGAAGAAAAAACCUGUGAUGAAACCCUGUCGGACGAUAACUGCACUUUAGAAAACUCAGAAAAAGAUGUCUUCUCAGAAUUAGAUUAUGAACUGGAUGUAUCGGAUAACUCCAGUAGCGCUAGUUCCAGUCCUCUCAAAGAAUCAGCAUUUGGUAUUCUAAAACGAAGCUUCAGUGCUUCUGAAAGACAACUUCAAGCAAGGCAAUAUAUUGGUAUCCCAGGAUCCAGAACAAGACCAGCUUUGCUGCCCCUUGAUCUGCUUCUGAAAGCACCUUCGCUCAUGUUCAGGGCCCACGUUAAGAAAAUAGAGGACUCGUUAGUAACAGGGUGGAAAUCCCAUAGCCUUCCAGCUGUGAUUCUUCGCAAUCUGAAAGAUCAUGCAUCUGCAGGGAUUGCUGUGUCACAACGGAAGGUGCGUCAGAUCAGCGAUCCAAUUCAACAGAUUCUAAUUCAGCUGCACAAGAUUAUCUACAUCACACAGCUUCCACCAACUUUGCACUGCAACUUGAAAAGAAGAGUCAUUGAGAGAUUCAAGAAAUCCCUAUUCAGUCAGCAGAGCAAUCCGUGUAAUUUGAAAUCUGAAAUUAAUAAGCUUCUCCAAGGUUCUCCAGAGCUUAUCGAGCCUAACCUUUUCACUGCAGAUUGCCACUUGUUGCAUCACUCUUCAGGAGGAAAUAUGUUGGUCCCAGAUGACAGACCAGGUCUUCCUAGCACUUUUGAUAUGGAUGAAGGAAUGACAUAUGAGCAAAUGCAGACUGUGAUCGAAGAGGUUCUAGAAGAAUGUGGAUAUUACAAUUUCACCUCAAAUAGGUAUCAAUAUUAUCCAUGGGGAACAAAGAAUCAUCCAGCUAGAAGAUGAGCACCUGGAAUUCUGACUAGAGUGGCAUGUUUUCUAAUGAGGUCUAACUGCCUUGACUUCAACUGUUAUUGUCAUUGCCAAAGGGACGCACUUUGCUUAAAACACAAGGAAGGCGAAAGCAUUUGGGUGUUUGAAGAAAUGUUGCUUACAAAGUGUCCUCCAAGCAGUAGAACCAUAGCAUAUUACUGUGGCAGUAGGUGUUUGCCAUAUAUUUUUGUCUGUAUGUGCAAAAUGUGGAAAUCCUUCCAGGUGCCUGCAUUAAGAUGACAGCAGCAUGCCUCCCAGUGAAUUCUUGCUGCUUUUAUAUCAUUUUGAAUGGAUUAGUGAACACUCAGGAUUGUUGGCAAUAUAUUUUAAGUUUUAUAGAUUUGGUUACAUCAGAGAUUUAUCUUUUAUAAUAAGAAUAUAUUUUAUAAGGAGAUUAAAAUCAGAAGGCGUAAGGUGGAAGGCAAACAAAUAGUUCACACCUUUACUAUAUCAGAGUUAAGUGGUCUGAAAUAUAUUUGAAGAGAAGACUUAUAAUAAUUGUUAAAUCUCAGAACUGAAACUUAGAUUCUAUAAACAGAUAAGUGGCAGUGUCUAUAUGUAUAUAUGAAAAACUGUACAUUUAUAUUCAGUGUUAUAUACACAUGCACACAGGUAUAGAAGAGAAUAAAUAGCUAAAUGUAACCAAUGUUCUGCUAAUUUGAUUUGUAGCACAAUGCACUUUGGAAAAAUAUACACAUUUCUAGAGAUACAGGUAAAGUAAGAAAGUGGAGUUCCUUGAUUCAUUGUUACUUUUUCUUCUAUUUUGCCACCUUUUCAGAGAUUUCAGUGAAUAAGGAGCCAGUGUAUGAUACUUAAUGGUAGCUAUUGACCCUUUAAAGGAGACUGCAUGUAAUGUGUACAUAGUGGUGCUGUUUCUGCAGUAGAAUGUAUACUACAUACCCAAACUAGUAGACAGUGUAAUAGUAUCCAUUAUAUAUGAUACUCUAGUUAAACAGGAUAGAGUAGUUCAGGCAGAAGUGAUGAGUGCAAUUCAGAGAAGCCUCUUCUAAGUGGUAAGAAACCUAUUCUAAACCAUCCCAGUUUAAUGCCAACAACAUGACUGGAUUUAAGACCAGCCCCAAAGGACCAUUUGAAAUCUAGACAAUCUAGACAUCAUUCAGCAAAGACUUGUCAGUGAGUUAUUUUAGAGCUGCUUCACACUGCAGAAGGGAGCCCAGCUAUAGUGGUGGUAUCACAGUAUUGACAUGAUAAGCAUAAGGGAAGAUGCAUAAGGAAGAUGCAGAUCCCCAAAUGCUUGUGGCACCAUCUGCAGGCAGUGAUUUGCCAGGCUCCUUGGUGUGGGUCAAUUAUGUGUUUGAAAGUGUACGUCUCUCAUUUAUACUUUAUUGUUCACCAUGACAAACACCAGUUGACCUGAGCAACUGUAUAAAGUUAGGAGUGUGCACGAAACACAUUUUACAUCAUGUGCUUGGAACGGACUGCAAAAUGCACAGAACAUUCUGUCGGAACAACUGGUCGAGCUGGUUGUUCUGACGGAACAGCGCCAUUCUGUUGGAACAUUCUGGCCCUCUUCUGGUCUCUGCACAUGCAUGGUAGCCAUUUGUGUGGUGGUGCAAAUGGCCACCGUGAGUGUGGAGAAGCUAGAAGACUGUCAUUUUGGAUUCCAAAAUGGCUCUUGGAAUGGGUCAGAAUAUUCCACUUCAGAACGGAUUAUUGUGUUCCAAGCACAAAACAGGCUGCCUUCUGUUUUGAGCUCUGAACACUAACAAUGGCCCAUUUCGAGGAGGAAUGUUCCAACCACAGAACAUUCUGCACAUCCCUAGUAUAAAGUAUGAAACAACAAAUCAUAGAUGGCAAACAGUUCAGCCAACAUAAGGUGGAUCACAGCAUUUUAUGUGAAAACCACUGUAAUUCUGGUGGUUGCUCAGAAAUAGAAGCACACAAAACACUCUUGGAAUAAUAGUAACUGCACUUUUGUGUAUCUGCCAACAAUUGCUUGAAUCCAAAGAAACAUGGGUAAAAUUCUCUUCACACAGUCGGGCUUUCCCAUCCAUCCUUGCCACUGUAGUCCCUUACAUGUUCCUCCCCACUUCAAGCUACUUUGGAAGGUCAGGAGGGCAUCCCAACCAAUGCUGAGGAAUAUGAAUCAGCAAAAGUGGGUUAAAUGGAAUUCCCCAUAUAUGUAUAAAGCCUCUCUCUCCCACCCUGCCACUGCAAUCCCAACCCCUCUAAUUAUAGUUAAGGGGUUAUAAUUAUAAUAGAGCUACCUCGGUUGCUUCCCCAGAAAUAUACCAAAGCAUAGUUCACCAUAGUUCACCAUUCUUUCAUCUUAAGUCAGCCAUAUGGCAUACCACCAUAAAUUUCCAUGAAGCUCUGCUUCAUGCUAUUGCAAUGAACCUAGGAACCUUUGCAUAGGUAUAAUUUCAUUUCCAAUGUAUAUUGCCAUUAAAAAACAUAGACCAAAGUCUAGGAUAAUGAUACUGGAUUUAAAGGUACCAUCUGCAGCGCUCUGUAAUGUAGGAGCCAUUUUAAAGUGUGAUUACACAUUUUGAUAUUGCAAAUAAUAAAGUAUGCUGAUUGCUAACAAAAAUAAAUUUAAAAUGUGUGUAAUUAUACUGACAACCUUCAAAACUCAGCAUUCGUCAUCUUAGGAAUUUCAAAGUAAUCAUGGCAUCUUACUAUUUUUAGAACACAAGACUCCACAAUCACUGGGGAGCAUUAAAAUUUGCAUUUGUAAUGGCUUCUAUUUUCAAGUACCAUCGGAUGGAGGGAGGGGAGACUUCUAAGCAGAAGGCCAUCAAAUUUUGAUUGUAGUUUUGCUUUCAGACAUUGUUACUUUGUAUUUACAAGAAAUUGCAAGUCCCAGUUACUUCCAUUUGCAGUUGAACUUGAGUUGCUAUUCCUACGGCCAUUUUGUUUUCCAAAGUUGGCAGGAAAUAAGUGGCCUCUUUAUACUUUGUUCCUCUAUAAAUAUUUUGCUUUGAAGUAUUUUAGAUAACACCCCCCCCCCAACUUAAUUUUAAUGGUAUGCUAUGUCAGUUGAUACCUGAAUGUUUUAUUUCUCUUUCUGGUAAAUAAAAUAUACUCAUAACCACUGCUAAUUUUAUCACAA